AUGAAAGUCCAACGUGUAAAUCGUCCAAAAACUCAACGUGGUAAACGAUUUUUAGAAGGACGUGGCUCAAAAUUAAUUGAAGAUCCACGUUCUCUUCUAUGUAUUCGUGGUAGCAAAACUAACCUGACAAUGAAAAACGUAUUAAAAAAUAUUCACAUCUUAAAACAACCUAACUCGACCAUGUACCAGCGUAAAAAUCUCGAUAUAUUUCCGUUUGAAAACUUAAGUAAAUUAGAAUGGUAUUGUCAGAAAUCUGAUUCGUCAAUGUUUGCCUAUGUUACUAAUACAAAAAAACGUCCAAAUAAUUUAAUAUUAGCACGUUUACAUAAUUACCAACUACUGGAUAUGUUUGAAUUUUCUGUUGAAAAAUUUAAAUCAUUUGAUGAAUUUAAAACAAUGAAAUUUGUAUAUGGUAAUAAACCAUGUCUGAUAUUUCAGGGUGAAGCAUUUGAUACUGAUAAUAAUUAUAAGCGUUUAAAAUGCUUUUUUUUGGAUUUUUUUCGUGGACAAACAAGUAUUAAUGAACUGGAUUUGAAUGGACUGGAUCAUGUUUUGACAUUCACUGUAAAUACGACAAAAACGAUUUAUAUACGUGUUUAUCGUAUUCAAUUGAAAAAAUCUGGACAUCGUAUUCCACGUAUUGAAUUAGAAGAAAUUGGUCCGAGUUUUGAUUUAAGUAUGAAACGUAGUAAUUUAGCGUCAGAUGACUAUUAUAAACGAACGUUGAAAAAACCGAAAGGUAUGAAAGAGAAAAAAGUUAAAAAUACAACAAUGGAUGUAUUUGGAACGAAAAUGGGACGUAUACAUAUGGAAAAACAAGAUUUUAAUCAAUUACAAACAAGAAAAUUAAAAGCAUUAAAACGGCCACAUGCACGUGUGACCGCGACAGAUGAUGAAAAUGUUAGCAGUAAAAGAAGAAAAUCAAAUGAACAGAAAGAGUAG